UGCGUUUUGACAUUUAUUGCACUAUUUGACAGUUUCUCAUGUUCUCGCUUUUUUCAAUUUGUUUAGCAGUUCCGCUUUCUUGCCGAACGACGGAGCAGUUGAUUCUUUUACAGAUUCUUGUUCUCGCAGCUCAUAUUUCACACGAGAAAAACAGCGUUUACACCGAUAUUUAGUUAAUUUUAUGUAGUGAAAAGUAAGUGAUUUUGUGAAAAUUGCUUGCGAACGUUUUAAAUUUGCCAAAAAGUCAUAUGAUGCCAUGCUUGCAAUUGCCGCAGCCAGCGGUUGCAAAAGUGCAGUGAAAGCGCAGGGCGAUAGCGCCAAGCAUACAAGAAAAGUAGCAAAUAAAAACCCCGCCGCGAUUGCAAUAAAACAAAAGAAAUGUUUUUCAAAAAUUAAAUAAAAAACUUGCAAAUAUUUGAAUAAAAUAUAGCAAAAGUGCUGAAUCGUGCGUGUAUGUAUGUGCAUAAAUUAUGCGGUUCAAUUUGCAAUUGGCUUAUUUGAGCCUGCUAUCGGUGACGUGUAUUUCGAGUUGUUUCCUUUUCUUUGUGCUUCUCACAGAGAACGCCAAAUAUGUAGCGGCAAGUAGUGACGAAGCAGUGGCAGCGGCGGCUGCUGCAUUGCCCACUGCAGCCGAUGCAGCUGCCGAUAACCGAGCAGAUGUGCCGCAAAAACCAGCUGCAGCUGCUGCAACGGCAACAGUGGCUCAUGAUGAAGUUUUACUGAAUUAUAAAAAAGUGGAAAAGUUAUUAAACAAUGUUGGUGACGCAGUGACGCCGCCGCAUGCAGCUUUGCCAGACGUUGUUAACAUGCUGGAAAGCGUUGUUGACGAUGAUAGCGCAGCAUUAACCGCGCCAGCACCGGCAGCGGCAGAAGCAGCACCGCAGUCAGCUGACGGUUGGCUGUUGCCUAGUGUUGUUGAUAGUGCAAGUGAUGUUGAUGCAAAUGAGUUCGUAAAUGCGGAAAUUAAUGAUGCAGUUAAGAGUGAAGUGAACGACCACGAGCAGCAAAAUGUUAAAGAAGAGUUGGCAACAGCAGAUGAUUUGCCGCCGUCGUCGCAUGAAGAUGACUUGCAAAAAAAUAAGCAAGCAGAAGCCGAUGGGCAAGAAAGCCUGCCCGAUAUCACAGAGAUCCCCACAAUCACGGUGACUGAGUUGCCACUGGAGCUAUUGGAGCCAACGCGCGGCAACAUAGAUGCGCUAAUCAUUGAUGCAGCAAAGGAAAGCAUUGCGCGAGAACAUGAAAAUCGUACGAUGGAAAUGUUGGAGAAUGGCAGUGAGGUGAUAAGAAAAGACGAAGAUAUCAUCAAAUUUGACGACUCUGGUGGCGGUGAAAAGCUGCAGCCUUCGCAAUUCGACGCAGAUCUUACUUCAAGUGAAAUUCCACAAAACAUUCCAAAUGUAAAUGUCACCAACGCGCCAACGCCUGCUCAACCGCCAAUGCCAACGCUGCCUACACAAAAUGAGAGUGCCAGCCCAUUGCCAACAGCCGCACCAGCUGGCGAUGAUAGCAACGCAGGCAGCACUGUGAAUCUCACCGUCGAAGAGGUGCCCAUACCCGUCUUCUCAGAGUGGGCGCAAAAGCAAAUGGAAGCUGCCGAGAAGCAGCAGGCGAAAGAGCAAGAAGUGGUGCACACAUCCACGCAAAAAAAGAACCACACCAAUGGGGAUGGCAAGCGACCGGCGCCGUUGAAAAUGCGCAACAAGAACUAUGCCUCACCCGACUGUGGCGCCAAAAUAAUCGCCUCCAAUGUAGAUGCGAGCAACACAGGUGCAGUGCUGAGCUCCUCGAAGGACGAAUAUAUGUUGAGUCCGUGUGGCAAUCGCAUUUGGUUCGUAGUUGAAUUGUGCGAGGCGAUACAAGCGCAAAAAGUGGAGUUGGCCAAUUUUGAAUUGUUCUCUUCGUCGCCGAAAAAUUUCACAGUAGCCGUUUCGAAUCGUUUUCCUACACGCGAUUGGUCGAAUGUUGGACGUUUUAUAGCGGAAGACAAGCGCACGGUGCAGAGUUUCGAUUUGCAUCCGCACUUAUUUGGCAAAUUCGUGCGUGUGGACAUACAUUCACACUACUCCAAGGAGCACUUCUGUCCAGUCUCACUUUUUCGUGUUUUCGGCACAUCCGAAUUUGAAGCUUUCGAAACCGAGGACACACCACAUGCCGAUCUGGAUGACUUUGACGAUGAAUUUGGACAAGAGCAAGUGCUUGCAAAAAGCGCCGAUACGAAUCUCUUCAAGUCCGCCUCCGAAGCAGUGUUCUCGAUGGUCAAGAAAGCUGCCGAAGUGCUGGUAAAGCCAGCUCACCAUUUGAAUGCGACGCUGUUGGCGCGCACGCAGACUCCUUCAACUCGAUGUCACACACCAGCGUCGGGGCAAUACAGUUGCAGCGACUGUAAUCAGCCACUGGUGGAGCGCAUCAACAAUGUACUCUCUUGUGAAUACCAACAGGUUCAAGCGCUGCUCAAAGUACCCUGGCUGCUGAAAGAUCUUCUGAGUACGGGCAUAUGUGCCAAGCGCUAUGGUAUUGAGCUGGAAGCAAAAAACCUUAACGAACGUUGCGCGAAAAAUCCACACAGCCAUGGACUGGAAAUGGAUGUGAAACAUAGCUACUACCUGAAUAUGCUGCCCGCGGAAUAUGUGGGCGCGCUUUGUCAACUGCUGGGCGCGCAAGAUAAAACGAAAUCAACUGCAGCCGCUGCACAGAGAUCGCAAGACGGGGAUACGGUCGCCGCGGAACAGCCAUUGAAUCUCACCAUCGACAAGAAAUUAAAAAAAGAUGAUUUCAGAAUAAUCGACGGCUCGCAAAAGAGGCUGGUGACGCCAGAGCAAACCGGUGAGGGAGGCGGCAUUUCAGCCGAGAGCACCGCGUCACCGUCUAGUGGUGAAGGCGCGCUGUCAGUCAGAGCAAGUCCCGUCGGCAGCGGCGAAGGCGACGGCGACGGCGAGCAGCUGGUGCGUCCACCACAAGCCAACACAGAAGAAGCCGCUGAUACCACUACUAAGGCACCAUACACUGGCAAUGGAAAGGAGCCAACACCUGAUGUAAAUAUAUUCAAUGUACCUGCAUCUAAAGAACAGCUACCAGCAAAAGCAGCGCUAUCAAAUGAGCCAACCACCACGGAGGAAGCGAGUAGCAGCGAAUAUAGCGGCGACGGCGGUAGUAGCAGCGGCGCCAACAUUGGCACUACCGCCUUGCCACCGACUGCGAGCACAGACGCACACAAAGCAGCAGCUGAUGGCGCAAACAUCGAUGACACACUUACGCUGCAGCCUACUCCAGUGACAACAGCCAUGCCACCAUCGUCAUUGGGAUCGCGCAAUGAAGAGGAUUCCGCCUCGUGGGAAAAUAUCGAUAACCUAAUCACCUCAACGACGGUGGCGCCGGGAAAUGGUGGUGGCGGUGGUGCAUCGUCUGGCGAUGUCGGUGCGCAAGGCAAUCAGCCGGGUGUGAAUUUACAACAGAAAAUACCCAGUGGUCCGCAGUCGGAGAGCGUAUUUAUACGCCUUUCAAAUCGCAUUAAGGCGCUUGAGCGGAAUAUGUCUCUGUCCGGUCAAUACCUGGAAGAAUUAUCGCGACGCUACAAAAAACAAGUUGAAGAACUUCAACUCACACUCACCCAAACAGUGCAAACGGUACGCACGCUGGAGGAGCAUACGCGUCGACAAAGCGAGCUACAUCAGCUGCUCGCCCAGCGCAAUGCCCAGCUGAAGGACGAGCUAGACGAUUUGUCGCUGCAGGUGCACGCUUGCAUUGUGGUCAUAAUUUUUGUAGGCGCCUUUGUAUUUCUUGUGCUUAUGGUGAGUAUUAUCUUCUAUCGUUCGAUGCGACGCGAAACCAAGGAGGUGUUGACGCUUUACACCAAGGCGAAUAAGAAGAAGACAGCCAACGCGGUGGCCGCAAUGCAGAGAAAACUAAAUCGACGCAAAUCAUUUGAAGACUUCUCGGAUAACCAGCAAAGCGGCGAGAAAUUGCGGCGUCCCAGUGAAGAAGCGCUCAUGAUACUUAAGGAACGUAGUGGCAAUGGCUCUGGUUAUGAGGCCAUUGAAACCGUUGGUGAUGCAGCGAAGAAUACGUCACAGCGCCAACGGAAAAUCUCCGUGUGUUAUAGCAGCAAUGUUGGCGCCAGCAAUCACUGCACAAGUGACGCACCCGGCACUCAAAAUGUUAAAAUGCGGCGCAAGGGGGAGAAGCACUCGUGGCCAAAUACUGAACACGCGCAGCAACAGGCGCGUCGCCAUCUAGCGCAGCUGCACGAUGCUACAGAGUUAGUGGAGAAUUCCGAUAGAUUAAAUGGCCGGCCACCACGUGCUUCGUUGUUAAAUGGCAGUGGCAGCAAAUCCAAACGAAAGACGCAACUGCCACGUCGACAAGCGUCUGUGUCACAUGAGUUUAUGGGUGGUGGCUUAAAUAGUACCGCACCGGCGGCGGAGAUUAACGCCGCUGAAUAUGACGAGAGUCUACGACUUGAAGAGGAUGACCUCGACAAUUUUAUACCAACAUCCGAUUUGGCAUAUAACGAAUUCAUGCCGGAAGGACCAUCCGGCUAUCAGGUGGACGACGGUGUAGAGGUGCAGAAUGCAGAUAACAAAAAGUCAGGCAAGAAGCUAAGUCGUCUCUCAGCACCCAAUUUCUUUAAGUCACCCUUCGGCAAAAGUCGCAAUAAAUUACGUGGCACGAAAUCGGCAAAACAUCCGCAUGAAUCCACCUCUUGGGAAUGGUAUCGCUCGAAGAAUUCAGAGCCGAAAGCACUAAGUGGCUCGGCAUCCGCCAGUGGUGGCUUCAUGCGUGCCUCGCCAACCAACAGCUUAGAUUCAUCGUCACUCUCGGAGAUUUUGUUACCCAAUAGCCGCACUGAGAAUUCAUUUCGCAUACUCGAGGAGGCUAUAUUGUCGUCGGGCGAGAGCAUAGCGGCCAGCAGUGGAGCAACGGCGACGACGGCAGCAACGACACCGACUGGCACCAAUACCACGGACAAUGGUAACGGUAAUGUACAUAGUAAUGGCAGUUAUAGCAAUGGCAGUAGCAUCGCUAGUAAUAGCAACCGCAGUUCUAAUUCAUCUACAUCGACGAAAAAGAAAAAUCGUAGCUUCAAUAAGAUAUUUCGUAAAGUAUUUUAGAUAACGACUGAGGUGUUGAGGAAGCGAGGCUUUUUUUGUUUUGUUGUUUUUUGCAGCUUUGAAUAAAAUUUAUAAUUUUUUGAAAAUUCAGGCGCUUUCAACGGGUCAAUUCACUUUAGUGGCGCAUUACUCAAAGUUCAAAAGUAAUUUUCUGCAUAUUAAAAAUAUAGUCUGAUAUUGCUUCUAUAUAAUAAGUGAGAAUUCGAACACAGUGUCAGAGUGUCAGAAGAAUGUAGAUUAUAUGAAUUUUUUUUUUUAAUUUUUGUUUAUAAAAAAUGCUAUAGCCUAUUAACUACCAUAAACAUUGGCUUUUUAGAACAGAUUUAACUCAAUUAGUUCCAGUCUAGCAAAGAAUUGUAGGUGUCAACGGUGUACAAAAACGAAAAGGUCUUAUAAUAUAUCUCUGAAGAAAGAAAAUUAUAUGUUUCGCGUUAGACAUAACUCCUCCACUUAAGCAGCAAAGGACAUACAACUAUACAAUUACUCACAGACAAAGGGAGACACUAAAAAAAACAUUUUGUUUAUACUCACAAUUGGGGCAUUCACUUCGAUAUCUUAAGUGUCUUAUUGUUAUAUAUCGUAAAUUUUAAACGGCUAAAAAUAUAUUUCCUAGGCUCGCAGGGUUCCAUAAAAGUUACUUAUGAAUUCUCACGGUGGUAAAAAAUAGUUGGUACUGUUUUCAAGUUUACUAAACAUAUUUAAUCUUGUUCACUACAUGCAACAAUACGACCAACAAUAAUACGUAGACAGGUAGAGGCAGGAGGGUGAUCGAAUACCCUAACUUUCAAAUUUUUCCCAUAUAUAUUAAAUUAGUACCCUGAAAUGCCUGCUUAAUGGGGUCGAGCCCACCCAUAAAUUUCAUUCUGGCUACGCCAAUGAAUACGACACCGCAUAAUAGGUCCCAUUUAUGUGGCAAAAAGUCAUUUUUUUUUGUGCUUGGUAUUUGAUAAAGAAAACUUAAAAUUA